GUUUCCCACUAAGAGAAUAAUUUUGUGUCACCUCCUAUAUUUGUAAGAGACAAAACUUGUACAACUCUUCUUCCUUAAAUACUUACUCAUCAACCCAUCAUUUGUUUUCUUUCAAAUUUACCAGAGCUAGAUCCAUCAAAGGUCAACACUCUUCUUUUUUCCCUCACAAUCAGAUCUUGAUCAAUCUCACCAUCAUGCUCAGAACUCUAGCCAGGGAGUUGAAGCUCACCAACUUCAGCAAUGGUUUGGUUAAAAAACGCAGCAGCAGAUUCUAUGCAACGGUUGGUGGAAGAAGGUUAGAAGGAAAAAUUGCAAUCAUAACUGGAUCAGCAAGUGGACUUGGUAAAGCAACAGCCCAUGAAUUUGUCCAACAUGGGGCCCAAGUAAUCAUCGCCGACAACGACACUCAACUUGGGCCAAAAGUUGCAAAAGAAUUGGGCCAUUCAGCCCAGUAUGUGGAAUGUGAUGUCACUGUUGAGGCCCAAGUAGAAGAAGCAGUGAACUUUGCCAUAACAAACUAUGGUAAACUAGACAUCAUGUACAACAAUGCUGGCAUAACAGGACCAGUAAUCCCACCAAGCAUAACAGAAUUGGACCUUGAUGAAUUUGAGAAGGUCAUGAGAAUCAAUGUAACAGGAGUUAUUGCAGGUAUAAAACAUGCGGCUCGAGUGAUGAUACCAAAGGGCUAUGGGUCCAUAAUAUGUACAUCAAGCAUAAGUGGGCUAUUUGGUGGGCUUGGGCCUCAUCCUUACACAAUAUCAAAGUCUACAAUACCUGGGGUGGUGAAAUCUGUGGCUAGUGAACUAUGUGGAGCUGGGAUUAGAGUCAAUUGCAUAUCACCAACUGCAAUUCCUACACCAAUGUCAUUGUAUCAAAUUGGAAAGUUUAUUCCUGGUGUGACCUAUGAACAGAUAGGGGAAAUUGUUAGUGGACUUAGUGCUCUCAAAGGUGCCAAAUGUGAGGACAUUGAUGUUGCUAGAGCUGCAUUGUACUUGGCAUCAGAUGAUGCUAAGUUUAUCUCAGGUCAGAAUCUCAUAGUUGAUGGAGGGUUCACUUCCAUAAAAAAUUUCGCGUUUCCUUCUCCGGAUCAAAUCGGCUAGCUAGGGUUUAAAUUGCGGUUGCGGAAAAUUAUGAAUAAAUGUGAUUCAUGUAGUGGUAAUUGCAAUGUGAUCAUGAAAACCUCAGCAAUCCUUGUAUAAUUGUAUUAUGGUUUGUUUUUAAAUUUGUGGGCCGUUCAAUUUUUAUUUAUUUAUAAACUUAAGAAACCUUUUUUUUUUC